AUGUCAUACUCUAUACGAAGAUCAAGAGAUCAAGGUCGUGAACAACAAAGAAGGCCACCUAGCUAUGCUUCUACAAAUUCAUCUUCAUCAUUACCAUCAGGUAACUCAGCUACUGCAGAUUCUUUAGCGAAUGCUUCAUCAGUCAUUUAUUUAGGUAAUAUACCAAAUGAUUGGGAUGAACAAAUUUUAUCAAGUGUUGUUGCUGGUAGUGGUAAAAUCGUAGAUAUUAGAUCAAGAAUUGAUCCUCAAGGUAGAAAUAGAAAUUUUUGCUUUGUUGAAUAUUUAAAUCCACAAGAAGCUUCAAAAGCUUUAAAUUUAUUAACAGAAAUUAAAUUAGGUCCAAAAAAAAAAUUAAGAGUUGAAUUAUCAAAAGAAGGUUUAAGAGGUGCUGGUCAUAGAGAUAGACCAAUCUUGGAAUUAAAUAGAAAUUUUAUUCCUUAUUAUGUUCAAAUACCUGCUGCUAUGCGUGAAAAUGAUUUUAAUAAUUCUCAAUCUUCAACUCCUAUACCUGGAAAUUUACAAGGGAAUAAUAUUGUACCUCCUUUCCAACAACAUCAACAAAUACCCCCAUUACAAUCUGCAACUCCUCCUGUUUCAACACCAAUUCAAAUGCCAGAUGUAUUAGCUAAAGCUCAACAAUAUUUACCACCUUUCAAUUCAAAUGCAUUUACUUCAAAUGAUAAAAUUUCACAAAAUUUACAAAAUAUACCACCAAUUCAAUUAAUUGAAUUAUUAUCAACUUUAAAACAAUUAUUAUCAACAGAUUUAUCUUCGGCUCAACAAGUUUUCAAUAUGUCACCAGAUAUACCAAUAACUGUGGUACAAGCAAUGGUAUUAUUAGGUUUAAUUGAUAUAAAUUCUAUAACUACAGCUGUUCAACAACAAAUUUCUUCAUCAACUCCACAAUUACAAUCAAAUAAUACUCCUCCACCUCCUCCAACUCAAUCUAUACCACAACCACCUAUACAACAACAACAACCACCAAUAAAUCCAAAAUGGGCACAAUUUUCAAUUUCAACAAGAGAUAAAUUAUCAAAAUUAGAUCCAAAUGAAGCUGAAGUUAUUGUUCAAGUUCUUUCAUUAUCACCAAAUGAUAUUAUUGGAUUUCCUCAAGAACAAAGACAAAUGGUUGAAUCAAUUAGAUCUCAAUAUCUGUAA